CAACUUUUGACAUUUGCGGUAAUCAAAAAUCAAAAUAGAUAAUUUGAAAUAUAUACAAUGAUCAAACAAAAACCAAUGGAUUAAUUGAGUAAAAUGAAAAAAGUAUAAACUUUUCGGUUCGGCUGAAUCAGUUAAAUUUUCAAGCCUUGUAAAUUAUGCGUAUUAUGGCUAAUAUGAAAAUGGGGUCUCAAAAUAAUAGGAAGAAAGUUCAAGUUUCGAUGGUGAUAUGCGAAGCCGAAGAGAAACGGCAUCGAUCUGGUGUAAAUGCUCUUCAGAUAGAUCCAGUAUUAGAUAGAUUAUUUUCAGCGGGUAGGGACUCCAUUAUAAGGGUUUUCGAACAUGAAAGGUAUUAUCAUGGAAUGGAACAUCACACUGAUUGGGUUAAUGAUAUUGUUCUUUGCUGUGGGGGAAGGAAUUUGAUAUCUGCAAGUUCAGAUACAACAGUUAAGGUAUGGAAUGCACACAAAGGUUUCUGCAUGUCUACAUUAAGGACGCACAGAGACUAUGUGAAAGCUCUAGCCUACGCUAAAGACAGAGAACAAGUUGCCUCAGCGGGAUUAGAUAAAUCAAUAUACUUAUGGGACAUAAAUACCUUGACAGCCCUGACCGCUAGUAAUAAUACUGUUACUACAUCUAGUUUGAUAGGGAGCAAUGAAUCUAUAUACAGCCUUGCUAUGAAUCCUUCUGGAAAUAUUGUAGUCAGUGGAUCAACAGAAAAAGCUUUGAGGUUUUGGGAUCCUAGAACUUGUGCCAAAUUAUUCAAGUUAAAAGGUCAUUCCGAUAAUGUCAAAGCCUUGGUAGUAUCUAGAGAUGCAACUCAGUGUGUUUCAGGCAGCAGUGAUGGAACUAUUAAGGUCUGGAGCUUAGGAGGCCAAAGGUGUAUUCAGACAAUUCGGGUACAUUCUGAUUCUGUUUGGGCUCUUUUAGCCACUGAAAAUUGGACACACAUUAUAUCAGGAGGAAGAGAUAAGAAGGUGAUAAUGACUGAAUUGAAGAACCCCCAAAACAGUAUUGUAGUCUGCACUGAGCAAGCCCCAAUUUUGAAGUUAUGUUUUACAGCUGAUCAACAAGCUGUUUGGGUUUCCACUUCAGACUCCAACAUUCGUUGUUGGAAAUUGCCAACAGAGAAGCAUUUCAGGGAAGAAAUCCCAAUGCCUGACAAGCCUGUAUCUUUAAUACCUGGUGGGGCAGCAAUUCGACAGGCUUUCGUUCUAAACGAUAAAAGACACAUUUUGACCAAAGACUCUCACGAACAUGUUGCAUUAUAUGACGUUCUUCAGGCCAAAAAAGUGGAAGAUAUCGGUCAGGUUAAUUUUCAAGAAGAAAUCAAAAAUCGUUUCAAGAUGAUCUACAUUCCGAAUUGGUUCAACGUGGACCUAAAAACUGGGAUGCUGACGAUUCAUCUGGGGCAGGACGAGGUGGAUUGUUUUUCAGCCUGGGUAUCCGCCAGAGAUGCUGGAAUCAAGGACUGUCCGGAACCAGAUUCUAAGGUGAAUUACGGGAAACUUCUCCUUCAGGCUUUGCUCGAACAUUGGAGGGGGGUUGCACCUGAAACUGAUAGCAAAAUUCAUUUCAGUGUGCCCAAGCACAUACCGUUGAUUUUGAGUGAAAUCGGAGGUCGGACGCUGUAUCGAGUUCCAGUUGGAGAAGCUGGGGGUGAUACGGAGAACGCACUUUUGAACGAAACAGUUCCAAGCUGGGUAACGUCAAUGAUUGAGGAUAAUUGUAAUGGAAAAUUCAUAAAGAUUCAGUUUUAUCUUCAACCCCACUCUUCAGUACCUGUUCAUCUUCUCAAACAGGAUCGUCUGAAAAAGCCUGAAAGACUGGUUGCAAACGAUUUUAUUCAGUGUAGAAAGGUGGCGGAACACAUACUAGAGAAGCUUUUGGGUGAUGGCAAUUCAAGUCCCCCAGGAGGAGACGGAGAUUCAUCAAUUUCCAAUAGUAAUGGAUACAAUGUCGACCAUAUUGAACUUAGUUGCAAUGAUCAAGUACUGGAUCCAUACAUGGACUUGAGAACUGUGAAACAUUUCAUUUGGAAGAGCUCAUCAGAUCUGAUACUAUCGUACAAAAUUAUAUCCAAGUAAUGAAACUUCGGAACAUUUUCUUUCUAUUGUAUUGGUGUGCAAAAAAUUCCUUAUUUUGAACUUGAGUUCCUUUAUUCCUGAAGGAUCUGUAAUUUCAUUCCAGAAAGUAUAUUUCCGAUUGGUUGGCUGUCUAAAAAUGAUUUUUUAUUGAAUUUUGUCAUUGAUUGAUUUCUGUGUCAGCUUAUGUAUAAGCUCGUUUGAAAUCAUGAAGAUUUCUGUUUUAAGAAAGUCUUCAGUCUGUUUCUUUUUCUACGCAAAAUAUAUGAGGGUAUCUGCAUUGAUGGAUACAGUUGAUGUAUGUUGAAGGCUAGAUGUUUAAGAAACAAUUUUCAUACCUACUAUGAGAAUCAUUUUCUAUAGCUUUAAUGAUAUGUUGAGUAACGUUCUUAUUUUUAUACUUUCACCAUUUAGUUUUUCUUCGAUUCAGUAUUUGUCAUAAUUUAUUGAGUUAAUUGAGUUAAAUGUUUGCAAAGAAUUUGUGAGUUCAUUGAUAAAUGCAAUUUAAAAUCGUGGUGAUUGAAAUAUUCCAUUUGCUGUUGAUUUGAUGAAAAGUUGCAAAACUAACCUGGCGUGAAAGAUGCGAUCGCAAUGUUCAUGAAAGUAAUUGCUGUUUUUUCAUUGGAACCUCAAAGAGAUGUUUUUAAGAUCAUUUAAUAUUGAGUUUUGUUCCCACAGAGACAUACACGGUGAUAGUUUUUUUAAAAGAAUUAGUAGUUUCACACUUAUCUUGUAUAUUAUGAUGUAUUUUAUAUAUUAUUAAGACUGCUUUAGAGGCGUUUAUUUUUGUUGGAUGUAAUGAAAUUAUUGAAUGAAUAAAUAGGUUUAUGUAAA